AUGGCUAGCUGUGCGCGAACGCGAGUUCGGGGAAGGCAUGGCUCGCCUACCUCUGAUACACAAUUUGGAAUAAUUGGCUGUGAUACAAGCGGUUUAGUUACAUUAAAAGAACUAUUAGCCGAAGGACAUGACGGUUACAUGGUCAGUUCAAAUGUGGUGACAAUGUUCAGUGAUUUUUUUGGUCUUGAACAGGAUAAAAAUGAUCUAUUAGAAAAGCCUCGAAUGUGGAGUUUUAUUGAAUAUUCAAAAUAUUUAAAUGAUUAUGCUGAACAUUUUGAGUUAAAACCGUAUAUUAAAUUUCAAACUUGCGUCCAAUCGGUAUGGAAAAAUGUACCGACUAAUAAAUGGAAUAUAAAAGCAAAAUCAGUUGUAGAUGAAAAGGAAACGGUCUAUACAUUUGAUCGUAUAUAUAAUAUGUACGAAAUAAUAUGUUCCGGUACACAUCAAAAACGAAGUAUGCCAAGUUUUAAUGGGCAACAUUUAUAUAAAGGAACCAUAAAACAUUUACAAGAUGUUACAAAAUUUGAAGAUUUUACCGAUAAAAGACUGUGUAUUGUUGAGAGUGGUGAAGGUGGCUCUGACAUAACAUUAGCAGUAGCAAAAUAUGGUGCAAAAGUGUAUCUAUCAAUUCGAAAAGAUCAUGGUUUUAUAUUGCCCCGAUAUCCACACGGCCCAUUUUACCCAGCUGAUCUUGGUACAACUCGUGCAAUACAUUCAAUACCACGUGCGCAAAUAUGUGAUUGGUGUAAUUCAAACCUCACGGCGCUUAAUCCUACCAAGUGUGCAUGGAUGUCUGGUUCUAACAGCUCAAAUACAGCUGAUACUUUUCAGUUUAAAUUACGCGAUGGCUCCCUCAUUCAGCGCAGCCAAAGUCUAGUCCUUCUAGGUUUAAAAAUCAACUAUAACCUUAGGUAGCGAGCACAUAUAGACGACCUGAUUAAAACCUGCAGGCAACGUCUAGGUGCUAUUUACCGCCAAUUUAAAGAAGCUCCUGUUGCAGUAUGGCUUCAUAUUUUCAAGACAUGUGUUUUGAGCAAGCUCGAUUAUGUCUGUGCAUUGUAUGACAGCAAGUUCGAGACAUUACAGAAUUCACUUGAAUCUGUACAAAAUCUUGCGGCACACAUGAUUACACGGGAUUUUGAUAUAUCGGGGAAAGAUCUUGUAUCCGGUCUCAGGUUACCUCUAUUAGAGGUACGAAGAAAAUAUUUUCGCCUUCUACUAUUUUUCAAGAUCCUAAAUGGGCACUCCCCACUUUCUCGAUUGAGUCUAAUCCGGUUAGAUACAG